GUACCACGGGGGUGUUCAUCCCGAGUCUACGCCUUCCCGGCGGCCCCCCCCUCCAGCCCCAGCCGAACAAAGGGGCGGGGCCACGAGGGGUCCCCUGAGGCCCUCUCGGUUCGUCCCUUCGCCCUCCCUCCCCCGCCUGACCGGAAGGAUGUGCUCCCGGAAGUUCCGGUGCCGUCGCUGUGUGGGAUAAACAGUAAUGGCGGAGGCUGCGGCUCCGGGAACAACAGCGGCAACACCGGGAGCAGCGGCCACGGCCUCCGGCCCCACAGCCGCGCCCCCCGCGCCGCCGGCCGCAGCGGGGUCGGGAGGAGGGGGCGGCUGGACCAAGCAGGUCACCUGCAGGUAUUUCAUGCAUGGGGUUUGCAAGGAAGGGAACAACUGCCGUUACUCCCAUGAUCUCUCCACAAGUCAGUCUGCUAUGGUGUGCAGGUAUUAUCAGCGAGGAUGCUGUGCUUACGGAGAUCGUUGCCGAUAUGAACAUACCAAGCCAUUGAAGCGGGAAGAAGUGACUACUGUGAAUCCAGCUGCAAAAACUUAUCCAUCAGCAUCUUCAGACCUCCCAUCUCUCCCUGAAGCACUUGAAGCAAGCACUGGUGAGACUGAAGUUAAAGAUACAGAUCUGGCAGCUACAGGAGCAGGUGCUGAAGACUGGGUGAAUGCUGUAGAAUUUGUCCCUGGGCAGCCAUAUUGUGGACGUGCUGCCCCUUCCUGCAUCGAAACACCCUUGCAGGGAAUGGUAAUUGAGGAAGAGUAUGAAAAGCAGCAAGCAAAUGUGGAGAUGAAGAAGCAACUGUGCCCCUACGCUGCAGUAGGAGAAUGUCGUUAUGGAGAGAACUGCGUGUAUAUCCAUGGGGAUGUGUGUGACAUGUGUGGGUUGCAGGUUCUACAUCCAGUUGAUGCUGCCCAGAGAUCCCAACACAUAAAGUCUUGCAUUGAGGCUCAUGAGAAGGACAUGGAGCUCUCAUUUGCCGUUCAGCGUAGUAAAGACAUGGUGUGUGGGAUCUGCAUGGAGGUGGUAUAUGAAAAAGCCAACCCCAGCGAGCGCCGCUUUGGGAUCCUCUCCAACUGCAACCAUACUUACUGUCUCAAAUGCAUCCGCAAGUGGAGAAGCGCUAAACAAUUUGAGAGCAAGAUUAUAAAGUCCUGCCCAGAAUGUCGGAUCACAUCUAACUUUGUCAUUCCAAGUGAGUACUGGGUGGAGGAGAAGGAAGAGAAGCAGAAACUCAUUCAGAAAUACAAGGAGGCAAUGAGCAACAAGCCAUGCAGGUAUUUUGAUGAAGGCCGUGGGAGCUGUCCAUUUGGAGGGAACUGUUUUUACAAACAUGCAUAUCCCGAUGGUCGCCGAGAGGAGCCACAGAGACAGAAAGUGGGAACAUCGAGUAGAUAUCGAGCCCAGCGAAGGAAUCGGUUCUGGGAAUUCAUUGAGGAGAGGGAGAGCAGCGACCCCUUCGAGAACGACGAGGAUGAGGUUGUGACCUUUGAGCUCGGCGAGAUGUUGCUCAUGCUUUUGGCAGCAGGAGGUGAUGAUGAGUUGACAGACUCCGAGGACGAGUGGGACUUGUUUCACGACGAGCUGGAAGAUUAUUAUGACUUGGAUCUAUAGCACCUGUCAGCGGAGUUUGGACUGUCUGCUCGGCAUCAGGCAGUAGCUCUUUCCUGUGGUGUGGCAGUGCCUGUGUUUCUCCUAGGCAGGCCUAUCAAUUCCAGGUGCUGUUGUAAUAACUUUUACCCAGGGUCUGUCUCCUCCCCUUGCCCCAGGAGUGUUUGUUUUUCUCUGUUUAAACAAAUAACAAGAAAUCUUUAAAACGUUAGUUUUUGUAAAAUGAAUUAACUGUCAAACAGUUAGCUUAGGUUUGUUGCUUCAUCUGUGUUGCUGAUGGGAUUCACCCAGUUCCAGGGUUAAAGUGUUUACAGGACUUCCACACUCAUCUUGAAGAGCCCAGAUACAAAAAUGAGAGCAGUGGCCAUGCAGUGGGGGGAUAUAAAUUGGCCAGUGGCCUUUUUCUGCUGUGGACUUCAAAUCAGUACUUCCGAUUUCAGGCCAGACACAUGUACUUCUUGCUGGCUUCAGCUCUGUUCCAACCCCCUGAUGUACACAUCUUCAUUUGUGGUUUUGGUCUCUUGUUUACUUGCACAUUACUAUUACUACUGUGUAACCAGAACCAGGUGCGACUGUUCCAGGUUUUUACUGUGUUUAGCAUGAAAGGAAAAUGUGUUUGUACGUGAAAGGAGAACUUUCAAUGUGUAUAAACAAAUAAACGCAGAGUUGGAUCUCAA